AUGUUACAAGAACGUUUGAUUCAUCAAUUAAGUGUAUCGAAGUCUUAUGAAGAAUUAUUAAUAUCAGAAUUUAAAAAUAAAUGUGGUUCUGAAUACACAAAAAAACUUGAAGAAAUGAUUGAAGAUAUUCGUUUAAGUGAAGAAUUAACUUACCAAUUUCGAAUUGAUCAGAAAAAUACACAUGGAGAUAAAAUUAGUAAAAUCUAUUCGAAUAAUAAUCUUGAAGCAAAUAUUUUUUUCAUAGAUUUUUUUUCAUUUAUGGUUCUUAAUUCGGAUUCUUGGGUACUUUCUCAUUCAUCGGAUGUACUUUUACCAGACAAAUUAAAAACUGUAUAUGAUAAUUUCACAACAUUUUAUCUUAGUAAUUAUGUUGGUCGAAAACUUACACUACUUCAUCGAUAUUCCGAAGGAGAAUUACAAAUAAAUUUCACAAGAGAAAAACAUCGAUUAAAAGUAUCAACAUAUCAAAUGGUGAUUUUAUUAUUAUUUAAUCAAGAAUUAACUUGGACAUUCGAACAAAUUCAAGACAAAAUACAAAUUCAUCCGAAAUUAUUAUUAAAAAUUCUCUCGGGCUUGUUGAAAAGUGAUUUAUUAAUAUCUGACAAUCCUCUUACAGUAAACAGUCGAAUCGAACUAGCAACAAAUUUCUUAAGUAACAAAAUUCGAUUGAAUAUAAAUCUUCCAUCUAAAGCUGAAGAGCAAAAAGAUCGCUAUCAUUUCACGAAAGCAGCAGUUGAGGAACGGCGAAUGUUUAUUCAAGCUGCUCUCGUUCGAAUAAUGAAAAAGAAACAGACACUAAAACAAUCACUAUUAAUACAAGAAGUUAUUCAACAACUCACUUCAAGAUUUAAACCAGAUAUAUAUUUAAUCGAAACGUGUAUUGAAAAGUUAAUUGCGUGCGAAUAUUUUCAAAGAGAUUCAAACGACAACGAUACUUUACAUUAUUUGCCUUAA